GUGGCCAAGCCCUCACCUGGGACAGUUCCCCAAGCACCUAGUAAGGACUGGACAAGGGUGUUGGCCAGGGAGGGCCACAGGGCUGGCAGGCCAGCCCUAGGCCACAUGCCACCAGGAAGCCAUCUGCCCGGUAGGUGCUGUACGAGAAGUCCAUGCAGGCCCUCGACCUGCUCCUCCAGACCUUCGUCUCCGAGAACAAGAGCAUGGAUGAGGUCUGCUUCCUCUUGCAGCACACAGAACCCUGGCUGAAGUCGGAUAAGAGCCAUGAGCGCAAGCGGGUGGUGCAGUCCAUCUUCCUGCUCCUGAAGUACUUGCUGGACUGUAUGAUACUCACUGAAGAGGCCACGCCGUCUGUGCUGGGCCACCAGCUCGGCCUGCUGCUGCUGCUGUGUCGAGACGAGGAUGAGGUCACCUGGAGCCAUUCCUACCAGUGUGUGUACCUCCUCCUCCAGCUUCCAGUCCAGCAGAAGGGGAACACGGAGGAGUUCAUGCGUUUGAACGAAAUGAAGAAUUUUGAAGCAAAGGCCCGCAGAUAUUCAGAGACGAAGUCCCACCAUUUGGUGAAGGUGGGGCCUGUCAGAGCUGGGGGCCAUGAGGGGCUGACAGCUGGCCAGGUGCUCCCUCAGAACCUCCAAACUGCCCAUGAGCAUGGGAUCUGUGUUCCACCCACCUCCCCUGACCAUUUUACAGAUGGGGCCAGCGGAGGCCGCCCACAACCUGUGCAAGGGGGCAGGUCAGGCAGGGCCAGGACCCUGGUGCUCUUCCCAGGAAGUGGCAUCUCCCGUCCCCUUACAAUCCCGCUUGCCCCCACCCACCCGUCGCCUGGAGGUGUGGCUGGGCCCAUCAGGAGCUGCAGGUUCUAA